GCUACCACCUCCCUCCCCCCCCCCCCCCCCCCCCCCCUCCCUCACUCCGCGCUUCCUCUGCGGGUGGGUGCGGGCUCUGUUCCGAAUGGACUGGCUGGCUCGCUAGCUCGUCGGCUGGACGAAUCGAUUCGUCUCGAUGCUCUGCCUACCUUUGCCCCCUGCCUUUUCCUCUCGAGGAGAAGAUGUUUUGUUCCUUGUUGUGGUUGGGCAAUCUGUGGAUUACCUUUUUGUCUUGCGCGUGUAGCAGUUUUUCAGAAAAGUGGAGUUGACUCGGCUGUAGCUAGCGUGGAUACCUACCAGCGACAUAUAGAACAGAUAAUAAGCACUACUUGGUUGUGUGGAGCUCAUGUCGAAUUCAGAUUUCUGUAAUCGUUCAGUUACUUAGGGCCGACCCAAAAUUGCUUGCGGCAGCUUUGCUAGGGCCGACCCAAAAUUCAGAUUUUCUACUGAGUGGUUAGAUCUUCCUAGCUAGGGAUGAAUGAGCUCUGGCAUGGUACUCCUACCAAGAAUGGAGGAAUACAGACGUCUAGCUCUAUGCAUGAAUAUUCGAGAGCAUUACCGAGAGAAACAUACAUACAAAGGCUUAAGCAAGAGUAUACUUUAUAAUUGACGCACUGCUUUGUCAAAUACCCUGCUUCUUUCAUGAUUUAGACAAUUGUAUUGUAUCUGACAAGAUUUUGAAAUAACUCAUACAAAAUGAGAUGGUGCCCUGCCCCAUUGACAUAGUUAAUAACGCUAUUGACGAUCACCUAGCCAAGAGGCUCACCGAACUGUGUGGUUCCGAGAACAAAUUAGUUGUGGGAAGUUCUGAAUAUAAAAGAAUAAUUGAAAUGAACCUAGGAAUAGCCUGUCUUUAUGUUGAUGUUCCGGAUUGUGAGAUCAUAAUUUGGAGUCAGAUGAAUCCCGUGCGUACUUUACUUGGUUUCCCGACAGGAGACAUGACUAUUGUGCUGCUAUAUGAAGCACCCGUUGGCAUUGCAAUUUUCUCUUUUGAUGGGGACUACCUCAAUGAUCCAGCAAAGGUUCUUAUUUUUUCCUUGCUGAUGCUCCUUAAGAUUUGGCUGUCAUCAAUGACAAACUCAAGAUCAUCUAAUCGAUUACUCUGCUUUUUCUACAUGACUUUUGGUGGACGGCUGGGCGACGUGCUGAUUCUCGGUGGAAGGGAGCGAGGAGGCGGAGAGUUCGAUCAGAGAAAGCAAUUGUGCAAUCUCUUUCUCCAGAUGGUGGGACGAAUCAGAAGUCCACCAACCGCUUGCACGUGUCAUGCGUGUUUGUCGGAACAGAUUUGCAGCUACCCCUAUCCUCUCCAUAUCAGUUGUACUCAUUACUUCAGAGAAAGAUGGAUGGUCGUAUGUACACCAAUCUGGAUCAACAGAGCUUACUACGUUGCAUUAACCAUACCUUUGUGGUCGUCAACUGAAAUGGAUUAUUUUUUUCAAGUAUUAUUUCAUGGAUUACUGUUUGCUAUUCCAUUACUUGGUGCUCCCGACACCGCAUCUAUUGAUGACACCACACACCACUUGAGGAUGCUUCGUUUUCUCACUCAAGCACAACGUUAACGACUAUUGUUAAGGAAGCUCAUCGCUUGCAUCAAAUCGAAUUGCGUGAAAAGGAACAUUUGAAGUUCUUGCGCCUUCUUCUUAAGGAUUUUAUGAUUAAAUAUGGCAUUGACACUGAGAAUUGGAUUCUGGUCCAAUUUGCAACAGCUCUGAAGAUUAUUGUUUUAUGCCCCUGGAGCAUCAGGUAUGUCUGCAUGCUUAAUUCACUCAUUUUUUUGUGCAGUAGGAGUAGUUGCUAGAAAUUUACUGAAUUUUGUUUCCAGUAGAUGCACUGAAUUUCAAAGAAAGAGUACUCUAGGAGUACAUGGAGUUGAUGCACUGAAUUUAGUUUGCAGUAGAUGCACUGAAAUUUACUGAAUUUUGUUUGCAGUAGGAGUAUUUGCAGUUCUGAACUGCUAGGAGUACUUGUAGAAGCACUUUGCUGGUGCACCAUGCAUAUAACUUGAGCAAAGUGUCCUCUGAAUUUAUAUGCACCUAGCACUUCUGUUCAUGCCCUCAUCUGUUCAUGGCCCAGGAGUAAAAGAAAAGGAACACACAUAAAUAAGCUACUUCUAUACCAUUAAUCCAGUGGGGUAUAUCAUUGUUGCUUUGACCAUCUGUACCAUCAAUUAUCGAAGAACCAAUGGCCACAUUUCAUUUUGAUUAACAGUGACUAAUUUAACUUGAGAUGCAAAUAACCAAUUGGUGUAACUGGAGUUCUAAUACCAAAGAUACUCAUCGGUCACAAAAAUGACAUAGUAAACAAAAAUAAAUAACAUUGACUGUUCCUGAUUUGUGGCCACAUCAUAAAUAUUUCUCUAAUGUAGAACACUCUAGUGGAGUCUAGUUUUACAAGAACGGAGUGAUCAAGGCAGUGUGUAAUAUUUGUGCAGGAAAACAAAGCCGGGUUUAGAUGUAGUAGAUGAUUGAUUACAAAACAACAAAAGAAUAAUAUACAUAAGCAAACCAGCAAAACGAAAAAUAAUG